AUGAAUGUCGACGAACUGGAUGGAGAUCUUUGGGAGCUGCAUUGCGAUAGGUCAUCCUUUGAAGUGCCAAAUUAUUCUUCCAUCAGGACUGAUACCGCUAAAUGGAAGCUUGGUCCCAUUUUCUCUGAACGCGAAACUUAUGACGAAGACGACGAGCUCUUCGACGACUUCAUCACUGAGGUUGCUGGUGUUUGCGUGGCAACUCAGGUCGAAGGGCCUACUCCUGGGGUCCAGGGUAUAGCAAAGAUAAGAAUGCAGAUUCCUAAUGACUACGAGAUUCCUGCACCUACCAAGCCGCAAGAUUCUAGCUAUCGCACCGCUACGGAAGUUCUGAACCUAAAGGAACUGACGGAGCGUGGAAGUACAUGUACACCGAAGCUUCUGGAUCUUGGGCUUUUCGAGCAAACAAGGAAAGAGGACCCUCUGCCCGGUGGCUUCAUGACAUUUAUCGUAAUGGAAAGGUUACCUGGACGAAACUUGGUCAAUUUUGAUUUAUUGCCAAUGUCUGAAAGAGAUCAGGUCAGGCUAGCUUUUGCUAAAGCAAUACGUGAAUUCUAUGCCAUGGGAUGUGUUCACGACGACCCCGACCGCCGUAACUUGAUGUGGGACCCUGAGAACAAAAAGUGUUACAUAAUUGACCUUGAAGAUGUACGUCAACUUGACUCCGAUGUUAAGCGGAAGACGUUUACGCCGGAGUUAGAUUUCCAUGACUGGGCCAUUGCCGGCCCUGAGGUAAACACGCAUUUGAAGGGCCUCGACCCAAUGGUCCCGUAUGGUGGAAAGUACAUCGAGGACCCUGGUGAUGAGGCCCUUGAGAAGAUGGCCAAAGACGCAGCUGGAAAGGAGUUAUUGUUUUUGACGUAUCGGGAUAUGAAACAUUGUUUACCCCCUCGUAAAAAGGGUUCUGAUAAUGAACCAGCUAGCUAG